ACUCUUAAGUUCUGUCAAUAAAAAGCAAAGAAAUUUUUUAAGAUGCUUGGGCUAAAGCAUUUAAGUAAUUUAAGCAUUUAGUAAGCUAUAGAUAACUUGGCUUUGAAAGGAGAAUCCUUAAAAUAUUUGCUUUUUACACAGGCACUACUUCAGUUGAAGUAAAAUGAGGGUUGUAAAGCCGGGAUGGAUAAAUCACGAUGGUAAGUUCUAAUUUUUUAAAAAAAAUCUACUUUCUACUCUAUUGUUUAAGUUUAAAUUUCUACGUAAUCUUCACUAUAUGCAGAUCUUUGAAAUAAUAACACUAUUUGAAACCACUGUCAGCUAAACUAAAAAGACAGCGACGAGGCCUAGAAAGUGUGAGAAUAAUGUGAAAGUGUGAAUUCAUGCAAUGAUCAUGAAUUGAGUUUGACAGUUUGAGUUUGAGCCAACCCAAUGUCAAUGGAGGCUCAUAAGGAGUGACAAUUCAGAGACAGGGCGUGUGCAAAUUUCUUGAGAUUAACUUAAGUAUAGUUUUAGACUUUAGUAAAGUCUUGAGUUACCGGCAAAGAAACAAGUAAGAAAUAAGAAACUAAUAAUUUUUAAAUGGCAGUGUCUACACGUCUGGCGACUGGACAAAUAGUGCAGGAGGUAUUCUUCCGGCAGGCAUGUCAUGUGCCCGCUGGACGCAUAGUAUGUGUUAUUAUUCCGGCAGACAUGUCAUGUGACAAGAGUUCACGUCACAAUUUUUUUUAAAAAGUCAGUUAUCUUGGUUUAAAUAGCCUAUCUUAUAAAGCUCUACCUAGUAGCCUAAAUUUAAAAUAUGAACCAAAGAAAAUAUGACCAAUACUUGCCAGUUGACUGUCAAUAGAUCUACUGUCAAAAAAGUUUUAUUUUAAGCUAUUAAAAUUGUGUGAGAAGUAGGCUACCCCAACAGCAAAGUAUUUUGGCCCUAUAUUAAGAUGUAGGGUCUUUGUGAACUUUCUACCUCCCCGCCUUAUUUAUCACCCUCACUAUCAUUUUUAUCCAUUCUCUCUCGCUCACAGUAUUUUUUCCUUCUAGUUGCAUUGCUUCCCCCCCCCACUUAUUUCUUGAAAUGAAGUGUAUUAUAAUACUUGUGCCCCCCCCCAUGCAACUCCGAUGCCAGUUUUAUGAUCGACUAUAAGUGAACAUGUGGCAAGGCUGACGGACAGAUAUCUCACCCAACUUUGUUUUGAAGGUCAUGUGACCUGGUCGCCGGAGGAAUAAUUCUUGAAAAUUAUUUGUCCAGUCGCCGGACAUGUAGGCACUUCGAUUUUAAAUAGAUAAAAAUAAAAGGUAUAUUAUGAAUAUUGUAAACAUGGCAAAGUUAAUCAUGUAUUAUUACUAAAGGUGCAUUGACUCAGCAGUUAAAAAAAAAUGUACACUUAAAAGAAAUUGUAUUCUACCUGCUUAUAAGUAAAUAAUCAACUGUAAGCCUUUCCAGGAAAAUAAUUUAUUUGGAUAUAAAGGAACCUUAUUAAGAAAAACGUUGAUUAAUUGGCGAGAGAUUUCUUCUUAUUUUUCUUUAUUCAGGGCAGCAACAAGCAAUUUUUUUUAAAAGACAAAGGUAUAUGAAAUUUUAACUACAAAUAUUUCUGAAUUGGUCAAAGCAUCACAGAGGAGGAAUAAGGGUGAUUAGGUUAUGUAUGGGUUGUGAGGGACUUGUACAAAAGUUAAACCCUGCUAAAGAAUUGUAAUAAUGAUUGUUGUAUUUUCAUUUCUAUUGUUGGCUGAUGAAGGCUUUAUGCCGAAACGUCCUUGUUUUUUGUCCUGUUACCUUUUUUCAAGCUUCCACAUACCUCGUUUCACUAUUUCAUAAAGAAAUGGGACAAGUUACAUGGCUAAUUGUAUAGAUUCGUUAAAAGCUAACAGGCCCCUUUUAUGAAUGAUUAAUUGAUAUAUACAAUUGUUAAUAUUUAAAAAUAAUUUUCAAUGCAGAUAAACCAAUAUUCUCUGUGGACAUUCAUCCUGAUGGGUCUCGAUGUGCAACUGGUGGCCAAGGUAAAUUAACACUUUGGUUUUAUUUUUUCAUUUAAUGUUAAUAUUUUACAUUAAUUAUUAAAAACUUGUCUGGUUUGACAAACGUCAGUUAGCAAUUUUGGUGCCUUGGAAGAGUUUAAAAUUCAUGCAAAACUUUUGUGAAGAUAGGCAGUUUGGUUCUCUAAUUUAAUAUUAGUCUUGUAUUCAACUUUAUUUUAACAUCAAAACGAGAACCACCCUCUAUUGGAUAACUUAACACUAAUAUUUUAUCUUGAUACUUGUCAGCUUAAAAAAAUGUAUGGGUUCACGUUACGUUUGCGUUAAAAACUUUAUUUAGCCAUUUUAAACAUGUAGCUGCGUUUAGUUAGUUUGGGGAAAUUUAAGACAUAAUAGUGUUCUUGUUUGAGGGUGUGUACAUAAGGAGAAAACCAUUUUCACUUUGAGAUAAUGUUUCAGCUAACAUUGUAUAUCACUUUCUACAUUACAGGUGAUGACUAUGGAAAAAUUGUUAUUUGGAAUAUGGAGCCCUUAAGGAAUAAGUCUCUUGAGAACGAUGAAAAAGUACCUAAAAUGUUGUGCCAAAUGGAUAAUCAUUUUGGUAAUGAAUAAACAGCAAGAACUGAUUAAUAUUUUAGAAAACCUAAUGUAAAAAAUCUUAGUUGUAGCUGUGGACUCCACCCAAAUAACUUAUCAUUAAUAAAAUAACUCAUAUAUAUUUUAAUAUAUUUUUUUUCCUUUUGAUCUUUCUGUGCUCCGUUAAUUAAUCAUCUUAUAACAAUCAACUUCCUCAGCUUGUGUAAACUGUGUUCGAUGGUCACACAGUGGCAAAUUUUUGGCAUCAGGUGGGGACGACAAGCUCAUUAUGAUUUGGCAGACAAGUCGUGGUGCUGGACCAUCAAAAGCAUUUGGUUCAACUGGCAGUGUAGUAAUUCAUGAACAGUGGAGACCAGUAUUUACACUGAGGGGUCAUUCUGGAGGUAUUGAUGAGCUGGAAAGCAUCUAGUUAGCACUUAUUGUUACUUAGACAAAUUUAUUAUAUCUUAAUAUUUAUCUUGUAUUUAAUCUUUCUUUACCUUAUACCUAAAAUUAAGGGCUUUUGUUUUGGGUAUAAAAUCAAAAAUGUAAAAUUUCCUAAAUGAUAGUUUUCAUCAUAAAAAUGUUACGGUAGGUUUUCCCCACAAUAAUCUGCUAUUCAGUUUUAAAAACAAAAGUUCAGUUUAGACUAACAUCUAUUACAUUUCAUUUCCUGUUAAAUCAGGCUGGUCCUACAUUUUUUUUUUUUUUGCUAACGGCUUCAGAUAUUAUUGAGUACAAGUUUGAAGUCCACUAAUAAUUCAUACAAUAACUGAACCUGUUGUACCAUAUGGCAUCAAUUUUAAAAAACCAGGUUCCUCACACAAAAUGUAAGACUUAGUUUCCACUACAAAAAAAAAUUGAACAGUUAAACUUUAUAAUCAUUUUGUAAACCGAAACAAGUAAUAAAUUUACAAAACAGAUCAAUUUUUAUCCAAAAUUUAAUUAUUUUUUUUCCUAAUUUAUAUGGCACCCAAUCCACCCUUUUGUCAUGCUUGUGCCAUUUUUUCAAUUCUCUUUCAGAUGUGUUAGAUCUGAGCUGGUCCCCACAAGAUGUGUGGUUAGCUUCUUGCAGCGUUGACAAUACUGUUGCCAUCUGGAAUGCACUUAAAUUUCCAGGUUAUAAAUUCUUUGUGAUAAAUGUCAAAGGGUUAAUUAGAAUAGUUAUGAUGUGUUAUUUUUUUCCCCUCCGUCUAAGACUUUCUAUUCUUAAAGGUAAUAAAUCAGAAGAGCGUUAAAUUAGACCUAUACACAUUUGAUGCCUUGUAUUUUAAAAUGCAGUUAAAUUUGAUCCAUUGUUUUUAAUGAAAUUUAUAAAUCCUUUAUAUGCUUCUAUUGUUAUACACAUAAUAUACAAAAUUCCAUUUCAAUCAAUUUUCAUAACAAUUUGUUUUGUUUUAAUUGAUAUAUUUCAAUGAGGACUAGAAAUAACAUGCAUUAUACUAUUAUUUGACAUGUCUCGUCUUCCAGAGCAGUUAACUACUUUAAAGGGUCAUUCUGGGCUAGUCAAAGGCGUCACUUGGGAUCCAGUUGGCAAAUAUGUAGCUUCCCAGGUAGAGAUAUAACUCAGUAUUUAACAAAUUGUGAAAAGUUUUGUUAUUUUUUUUAAAAUUAUUAAAAUGUUCAGUUCUUAAAUUAUAAUAAUAGUCUAUUCAAGCUCUCCAUUUAUGUCUUAGAUCAGACCUGUUUACUAUUUCGAUUUUGGCGUACAAUGUACGAUUUUGAGGUGUAUAGAUUGUAUAUACUGUAUGUUUAUUUUUUACUAUAAGUAUAACGUAUUAAACGAUUUUGUGAUGCUAUUGUACGAUUUUAAGAGUUUGGGGAUAAACAGGUCUGGUAUUAGUUUUAUCUGGACUUAAUAGUUGUUUUCUUUCUCUUAAAAUGAAUUAUAACACUGCGGGUAAACAGGUCUAUUAGAUUAAAAUACCAGAAAAGGAGUUUGUCUUUUCAGAAAAGCAUUUUUUCUAAACAAAGGACCAUAGCUCCGUUUUAAAAUCUUUGUUAUUUUUUAAAAGAGACAUAAGUAUAAAAUAAGAAAUGGUAUUGUUUUUAAAUAUAAAAAUAAAUGAGACAUUAUAAUCCCCAAAUAAUGUUAUUUAGAGAAUAACUGAAUAACCUUUUAAUUAUAAUAUUGAAUAUUGCUACAUAUUCAAAAAUUCACCAUGGUCACCAUAGCCUGCUAGUAUUAUCUACCAGAUGACGGUGUAAAGGUAUUGAUUUUUAGCGUCUGUUUCAGAUAUAUCUUCCGCUGUAAAAUCAUCAUUAAUUUCUGCAUGAAUUUCAAUAAAUUCUUCAUUGAUUUGUUCGAAUGCUUCCUCAUCUAAACUUGCUAGUCUUGUAAGCUGAGUGACUUGUCACAAAUGAGCUUGGAGAGCAAUGCUGAACUCUCAUAACUUUUUAAUGAACAAAGAAAAAAAAACAUACAGAUUUCUCUUUUAAAAAAGAGCUUCAAUCACAAGUGGUGCAGUAAAUUUUAGUAGAUGAAUUUAUGGUAGUUGGGUUUCUAGGCUGCCUUAAAGAGCGUCACAUUUGACUAUCCACAUGGCUUGUAGGCAGGCGCUAGGGAGAAUUUGGGAGGUAAAAGGGGAGCUUAUGGCAUGAGAGGAUUAAGUUACCUUAAAAAUCUUAGUUAAUGAGUGUUAACAAAUAUCCCUUUUUAAUGUCUGCCAUAUCCAAUACCAUCAGAUUGGGCUUUAUUUCAAGGAAGAUCUUAGACUACUAUUAAAGAGCGUCAAUUGGGUUUAAACGAGACGCCAAAAUAUUUUUAAAAAAAAAAUUAUAAAAUAAGACUUGAACCAUCAUUAUUCUAGUCAGAUGACCGCACUCUUAGAAUUUGGAGGACCAUGGAUUGGCAACAGGAAGCUGUGAUCACAGAGCCUUUUAAAGAAGUGAGUUUUUCAUUCAAAUUAAACAAUAUGAAAAACAUUUGUAUCUUUUGCUUGCAUUUCAUUAUAAUUAUACAAAAAUCCAUAUUAUUUGUUUAAUGUGCUUGAAGGUUAUAAGCUAAUAAGUUUAUUUCAAAACAAAAUACUUUUAUUCUCAUUGUUUGAAAAAAGAAAUGCUUUAGAAAACUAACCUGCAAGCAGAUCAGGUUAAAAGAAACCCAUUUUCCUGAAAUCUUUUUUUUCUUUCCUCAGUGUGGUGGCACAACUCAUUCCUUAAGGCUGAACUGGUCUCCAGACGGUCACCACAUCGUGUCAGCUCACGCUAUGAACAACUCUGGACCAACGGCACAGAUUAUUGAAAGGGCAGGUUUCAAGGCCAGCCUUGAUUUUGUAGGCCAUCGUAAAGCUGUCACAGUUGUGGUAUGUUGUUGGAUAAUUUAAAUUUUAAGAGGCAUGAAAAACGUGUUUUGAUACCUUACUAGUUAAUUAUUCUGCUUGUAAGCCAAUCAUUAACAUAUAAUCUUAAUCAUUAUUUUGAUGGAAUAAUUUUUCUCCUUUAGGAUGAUCCACUGCUUUAAUUCUCAUAUUGUUCUUCCAUAUUUUCUAAUCUCAGAGAUUCAAUCCCAACAUCUUCUCCAAAAAGUUUAAAAGUGAAAAGGUAAGCCCACCGUUAAUUUAAUGACGCCGUACAUAGUCUGAAGUAUAGAAACAUUUUAUGACACAAACAUAACUAGACCACCCCCAUUUACCAUAAACACAGUUAUCUGUAGCCCUAACCCAUUGAUUCUUAAGUUGACAUUAAUGGCGAAUACAUUAAAUUCAUUAUCUCAUUCAUAGGAUUUUCCUGUGCCAGUUUAACUAGUUAUACUUGAAGAAAACAGGUGCCUGUACUGUAUACAGGUUCUAAAAGACAUUUUUACAGUAAAAUUACAAUUUAAUCACCUGUGUGACCUUGACCUUCGUUUACUUUACAUAGCAGAACUGUAAAUCUGUAUUUUUUAAUUUUUUUCCCUCUCCAGUCACAGCAAUACUCAUGUUGUGCUAUUGGCAGUAAAGACAGAUCACUAUCAAUAUGGGUAUAGUUCUUAUAUUAUAUUUUAUUAUCUAUUCUUAUCGGUAUAUAAAAUGUAUACAAUUGCAGUCCAUCAUUUUAAAAAAAAUAUCUUGCUAAAUAAACAAUUUUUAGUAUGUUUAUAAACUGUGUGAAUUUUUUAAAAAGAAGUGUUAUUUCAUUUUCAUUUCUUUAGUUGACAGCCUUAAAAAGACCUUUGGUUGUGAUGCACGAUUUGUUUGAGAAUUCUAUAUUAGAUUUGUCAUGGUGAGUAAAGCAAAGCUUGCUUAUAACUUAUUGUGUUAUCAAACUUAAGCUCCAUUCACAUAGCUGCUAGUAUUUAACUGUACACAGUUUUAUAUUCAAUCACAUAGCAGCUAUUAUUUAACUGUAAAAAUUUGAUCUUCAAUCUCAUAACAGCUACUAAUCAAUCCAUUUUUAAUCAAAGGGAAUGGAAAAUUUAAAAAAAAAUCAUAAUAGCCAUUCCAUCUACUGAUUUUUGAGUUGAAGAAUAUUUCUUGGUCUGAAGUGAACAAGUUGUUUGCCAUGUCUUUUCCUUAGGAGUCAAAAUGGGUUAGAAUUGAUGUGUUGCUCAAUAGAUGGAUCUGUGGCCUUCUUAGAUUUCUCGAAAGAAGAAAUCGGUCAUCCCUUGUCCAGCGAUGAAGUGGUGAGAAACAUCUAGUCUUUCUUUGUAGUACAUGUUUUCUUAUCACAUUAAAGCAUCAUUUAUAAGUGAAAAUGAAGUACAUGCAAUUGAAAAUAAAAGUCUUUACCUCUUUGUCCUGAUCUAAAAUGAUGACAUGAGAAAACUAAGCAUAAAAUUAUUUCAACUAUCCUCUUACUAAGUCCAUAUAACAAGAAUAUUUGCCAUCUCCUGGCCAGUGAAUUGGCUGACAAGGCUCUAUGUUCUCAUCAACUUCUCAAUAUUUUUUCAGACAAAUUUACUUGAAAACAUUUACGGGAAGGGGAUAUCUCUUCAUGCUGCAGUCACUAAGGGAAGUCAGAUCAUUGAGUCGGCAGCAAUGUUGAAUCUACAGCAGCAGAAAAACACGGGUGGCGACUCCAUGCUCAGUCUCACACCAAAAAAACACAGUAAUAUGUCAUCUCAGAUGUCCUCCAGUGCUGAGAGAGCUCCAUUUAAGGUACUUAAAAUUUGUAAACUUUUAAUUGCCUUUGCCUAUUGAGGCUUUAAAUAAAUGGAAACAUUUCUCUAACAAUGGUAUAUUUGAAUUAAACUUUUAAAAAAAACAGCAAUUAAAUUCUGAAAACUUAAAGAAUUUAAAAUUGAAGUAAGUCUCUUAAAGAAUUUGUAUAUUGCUUUUUUAUGAUUAAAAAGUACUCUGAUUCCCAUCAUUAUCAUAUUUAUUAAUAUUAUGUAAAGCCCUGUGGAUAUGUUGUUAAAAAUCAACUCAUGAACUUUCUCAGAUUCAUUUUUAUGUUUCAAUUCUUUGAAUUUUUUUACAAUAAUUUUGUUAUCAUUUACACCUCGCCAAUCCAGUCGCUACAUAAUGUUGUUGUAUGGUCACUUUAUAAAGUUGUUACAUGGUCACUAUAUAAAGUGUUAACUUAUAGUUAUUGUUAUAUGGUCACUACAUAAAGUUUUUAUAUGGUCACUACAUAAAGCUGUUACAUAUAGUUAUUGUUAUAUGGUCACUACAUAAAUUUGUUAACCGUCACUACAUACAGUUCUUAUAUGGUCACUAUAUAAAGUGUUUACUUAAAGUUAUUGUUAUAUAGUCACUACUUGAAGGUUUUAUAUGGACACUACAUAAAGUUGUUACUUAUAGUUAUUAGAGUACUUAAAGUUUAAGCCAAUAGUAUUUUUUUAAUAUGGAGAGGACUGUGUUCAGGUUGAAGGAAUGAGAACUAAUAUUUGGCAAGCCAUGAAAAUAUCUUGUAAGAAACCAGUUGAAGGACCAUUGGUUUUUAUGACAUUUAUUGUUAUGUACUGCUAUCUGUAUGGAGAAAUUAAUCUCUUAUUUAAGUGUAAGGCUCGUUCUUCAACAGUACAUAACUAAAGACGAUACCAAAUGAUAGAUACAAUAACAAAGAAUGCGACACUCAAACCAGGGCUGAUUACAGUUAAUAAGUUUUAUUAAGUUACUAAUAACUUACAAAAUAAAAGAAAUACAAUUAAAAUCUUUGACUCGCAGAGUACUGUUUUUCUUGUAACUGUACAAAGUUGAUGAAAAUACAAUGUGCAAAAAAGGAACAACGAUGAAUAGGAAUUCACACAUAUACAGUAAACACAGCUCUAUCGAGGAUAACACACUGUCAAAAUAACUCUCAUCUGUCCUCCCAUAAAGUUAAAAUAUCUUGUGAUAAAUGCUUGUACAAAAAUCGAUCGUGUCCCCUUUUUAUAGUCUGUUCUACUGAUGUACCUAGAAUCGCCUUACACAUUGUUUUCCUUUCCAGUUCGCUCCAGAUUCUUCUACAGAAUUCUAAUAGAUACAGACUAUUCAUUUUAUUUAGGGCAAGAGACUAUUUUUAUUUAGCCACACCUUAAUUGCGGUCUUGAGCUUGCUUGGUGUCUGCUAGAUUUCAUGACGUAAAAACUUCAUCUACAUAACAUUAUAUUUACACCAACCUUUGCACAUUAUUUUUAGAAAAUAAAGCUACAAUUUUGAAAGUGGUAAAGAACAGUCUUUGUAAAUUAUAUAAGUGUUGAAUUCAUGAACUGUUUAUUUUCUCCCCCAGCCCACAGAUAAGCAAAUUGAGACUCGAACCGCUGAUGGUAGACGCAGGAUUACACCUAUAUUUCUUGCACCUCAGCCAGAAGUCGGGUGAGUCUUCUAACUUAAUUCUAUUUGACUACAGUAAAGCUUACUAGUAAAUUACACUGAGGAUUUUUCUUGACUAUUUUUAAAUCUAAGAGCAAAGGGUAAGUAAUCAUUUCUAAUAUUGUUUUGUUUUAGGCUGUAUAAAGAUAUAGUAUGACAUAUUUUUCACAUCCUUAUGUUAAGCCACCAUCACUGAAAUUUGAUGUUAUUUAGAAAAUAAGGACAUUUUUUAUGGUAAAUUUCCUAAAAAUCUUUCUUGCUUUAUUGACUCUCUUCAUGUUUCAACAGUGAGGUCCCCCUUCCAUUCUCAUCCAACUCCAACAUUGAGUUCCACACAUCCUCUGAGAAGAGCAAAAUUGUGGUGGAGAGGCAGAACAGAGUUACAGCUCCUGGAAUGCUCUCCCCUUCAUCAGGCUCCAAGUCGAUGCCCUCCCCACCACAAACAGCUGAGAUCCCAUCGAUGGCAUCGGUUGUCAGGGAUGUGUUUGGUCCACUCAGCGAUGAUGUCCAGGUAGUUGAAUCAAAUGCUAAUUUGUCGCGGAAAAGCCCUUUGUAAAGGAAAAGCUUCAGUUACAUCAUUCUUGUAUUGAUUAUUUCUUAUUUACAGGGAGGAUAUUAUUUUCCUUGUAAUCCACUAACUUGGAUAUAUUAUGAGAAAACGAAACCAUCUUAACAUAGACUGUAAAUGAUUUCCAGUAAUUGAAAUGUCUGAUGUUUCUUGUUGCUGACAGAGACCUUUGCCUGACUCAAUCAUGGAGACACCAAAGAGUAGAACACAAUAUGAGAACAUGAUGGAAAAACAACCAACCAUGUAAGUACUGGAAAGCUUAAGCUCAGAAAAGAUAUGCUAACCAUGUAAGUACUGGACAGCUUAAGCUCAGAACUGAUAUGUUAACCAUGCAAGUACUGGACAGCUUAAGCUCAGAACUGAUAUGCCAACCAUGUAAGUACUGGACAGCUUAAGCUCAGGACAGAUAUGCCAAACAUGUAAGUACUUGACAGCUUAAGCUCAGAACAGAUAUGCCAACCAUGUAACUACUUGACAGCUUAAGCUCAGAACUGAUAUGCCAACCAUGUAAGUACUGGACAGCUUAAGCUCAGAACAGAUAUGUUAACCAUGUAAGUACUGGACAGCUUAAGCUCAGAACUGAUACACCAACCAUGUAACUACUUGACAGCUUAAGCUCAGAACUGAUAUACCAACCAUGUAAGUACUGGACAGCUUAAGCUCAGAACUGAUACACCAACCAUGUAACUACUUGACAGCUUAAGCUCAGAACUGAUAUACCAACCAUGUAAGUACUGGACAGCUUAAGCUCAGAACAGAUAUGUUAACCAUGUAAGUACUGGACAGCUUAAGCUCAGAACUGAUACACCAACCAUGUAACUACUUGACAGCUUAAGCUCAGAACUGAUAUACCAACCAUGUAAGUACUGGACAGCUUAAGCUCAGAACAGAUAUGUUAACCAUGUAAGUACUGGACAGCUUAAGCUCAGAACUGAUAUGCCAACCAUGUAAGUACUGGACAGCUUAAGCUCAGAACAGAUAUGUUAACCAUGUAAGUACUGGACAGCUUAAGCUCAGAACUGAUAUGCCAACCAUGUAAGUACUUGACAGCUUAAGCUCAGAACAGAUAUGUCAACCAUGUAAGUACUUGACAGCUUAAGCUCAGAACAGAUAUGCUAACCAUGUAAGUACUUGACAGCUUAAGCUCAGAACAGAUAUGCUAACCAUGUAAGUACUGUAAGUAAGUUCUCAAUUUCCACUUAAUUUGAUGAACACUACACAACUGACUCUGAACUACUCUUUAUGGAUAACUGACUUUAAACUACUCUAUAUAAACUACUGGACUCUGAAUAACUCUAUAUGUUUUGAUUUCUGUGUUAACCGUUACUUCACCCCAACCUUAACAAAUGCUCCAUGUUUGCCUUGGUUAAUUGUUACUUACCAAUCAACCAUUUUACCUCAGAACUGAUAAAACAGCCGUGACGGAAAAACCGGAUAAAACUCCACAAACAGUCACCACAGACAAAACUCCAACGGCAGCUGUCACAGAGAAGCUCAAGGCGCCAGAAAAAGAAUCCGAAAGUGUAAAAAACGGAAUAUUGAUUAAAGACAAGUUAAAAUCUCGCCUGUCUACUGGCAGUCUGAAGCACAAGCUGGAAGACAAGAGGUACAGGUACAGUGUUAGUGUCUUGUACUGUACAAUGUUAGGAGACAAGAAGUAAAGAGUACCCAUUCACAGUGUUAAUGUCUUGUACUGUACAAUGUUAGGAGACAAGAAGUAAAGAGUACCCCAUUUACAGUGUUAAUGUCUUGUACUGUACAAUGUUAGGAGACAAAGGGUAGCCCAUACAUAUAGUUAAUGUCUUGUACUGUACGAUGUUAGGAGACAAGAAGUACAGCUUACCCCAUUGACAGUGUUAAUGUCUUGUACUGUACAAUGUUAGGAGACAAGAAGUACAGGGUACCCCAUUCACAAUGUUAAUGUCUUGUACUGUGCAAUGUUAGGAGACAAGAGUUAUAUGGUACCCCAUACAUAGUGUUUGUGGUACUUUAAAAUGUAAGAAGACAAGUUGUUACAUGUAUCGCAUUCAUAUCGUUUCUUUGUUAUACUACACAACAGUAACCUUGAAACCUUUAGUUUGUUAAUAUUUGGUAAUUAUAAAAACAUGAAUUCAUUAAUUAUGUUUCUAUAUCAGUCACCAGUGGGGCAUUGACUUAUUUCUUCUCAUAUUAUUCAGCCUGAAUUUUAUAUCAAUCUGAAACCUCAAAGGUUUUAAAUGUUUUCUCUCUGUCUUCGAAAAAAUUCUUUUCAUUGAAAUAAGAAAGUAAAUGAUAGAAUUUCCUUUGUGUUGUGAAAGUCUGUUUUGAAACCACCUAGAAUUUCCUUUGUGUUGUGAAAGUCUGUUUUGAAACCACCUAGAAUUUCCUUUGUGUUGUGAAAGUCUGUUUUGAAACCACCUAGAAUUUCCUUUGUGUUGUGAAAGUCUGUUUUGAAACCACCUAGAAUUUCCUUUGUGUUGUGAAAGUCUGUUUUGAAACCACCUAGAAUUUCCUUUGUGUUGUGAAAGUCUGUUUUGAAACCACCUAGAAUUUCCUUUGUGUUGUGAAAGUCUGUUUUGAAACCACCUAGAAUUUCCUUUGUGUUGUGAAAGUCUGUUUUGAAACCACCUAGAAUUUCCUUUGUGUUGUGAAAGUCUGUUUUGAAACCACCUAGAAUUUCCUUUGUGUUGUGAAAGUCUGUUUUGAAACCACCUAGAAUCUUACUACUAGUUAAUACUAGAUAGAAAAAAAUGGACUGCCCACUUGGAGUUUAACAAAGGUUGUAGUGUUUAAAUUGAUCCAGACUAUAACAAGUUGGAGUCUCAUUUCAAUAUAUAACAAGAUCCUUGGGUGCAUAGGAGGUUUGAUGGUGGUAUAAGUUUUGGCAAAAAUUUCUUGAAUGUAGGGCGGCCUACCAAUUCCCUGAUCAAUCGAAACCUGUUAAAAUACAACAGAAAUAAAUUUUAGUUAAUGACAUUAUCUAUUUUAUCAAAAAUAAAACCAUGGUUCAUCUGCCAGAGUCUGAUCUAUUUUAUCUGCAAUAACACCAUGAUUCAUCUGCCAGAAUCUGAUCUAUUUUGUCUGCAAUAACGCCAUGAUUCAUUUGCCAGAAUCUGAUCUAUUUUGUCUGCAAUAACACCAUGAUUCAUCUGCCAGAAUCUGAUCUAUUUUGUCUGCAAUAACACCAUGAUUCAUUCGCCAGAAUCUGAUCUAUUUUGUCUUCAAUAACACCAUGAUUCAUUUGCUAGAAUCUGAUCUAUUUUAUCUGCAAUAACACCAUGUUUCAUUUGCCAGAGUCUGAUCUAUUUUGUCUACAAUAACACUAUGUUUCAUUUGCCAGAAACUGAUCUAUUUUAUCUUCAAUAACACUAUGUUUCAUUUGCCAGAAUCUGAUCUAUUUUGUCUGCAAUAACACUAUUUUUAUUUGCCAGAAUCUGAUCUAUUUUGUCUGCAAUAACACUAUGUUUCAUUUGCCAGACUCUGAUCAGAUUUUGGGACCUUGAGUCACAGUUAUGUACCAGAAUUCUGAUAUUUAGACCAAGGUCAUGUACCAGAAGUGAAAUCUUGGGUCAGGGUCAUAUACAGAACCCAGAUUUUGGGACCCUGGGUUCAGUGUCAGAUACCACAAGCAACAUUCCCUUUAAGCUGCGCGGCCCUAUCUCACAGACGCCGCGCAGCAGUUUUGAGUAUCCGCACAGCAGAUUUCCAUGAAAGUGUGUGUUUGUUUUUGUGGGCUGUACAAUUUUGCACAUAAAAAAAUGGAUGCUGCAAAACUUUGCAAACAACUGUACGCUUUUGCACACGAACCAACAAAUCUUAGAGGGAACAUUGACCACAAGCUGUACUGGUAUAAAUAAUUUUAAAAAAUUAAACUCUGAAAUUAAUUGAAAAUACAUUUUUAUUUUGAGGCAGACGUGUAUAAUAAUUUCCUUGAACUUCUGUCACAAAUGAAAUUUUAACGAGUGAACAUUUUAUUGGAAAGAUCUGGCAAACGUGGUCGACCCAGUAAGAUGGACCAGGCCGCGCGUGAGGCAGCAAUGGCUGCCGCUGCUGCAGAAGCAGUCAGCACCAUCAAUGUAACUAGAACAGAUGCACCUUCAGGAAUCACUUCACUGGGGUCUGCUCCAGGCACGCAGGUAGAAAAAACAAAGGGUAUCUGUUGUGAAAAGAAAUCUGUCUUUACAAGUGCACGAUAAAAAACUUCUUAAAAAUAUUUUUUUUCCAUUAAUAACAAAUGCCAGUCUUUGGAUUUUGAUAAAUACACUUACCCAUAGAGUGAGCCACAUAAGCUCAUGUAUGUUUCAUUUGUUUUAAAUUAUGUUGUUAUUCACUUCCUCUGCUUAUUUCAUGAAUGUCUUAACAUACUUUUUUAAAACAAAUAAAGUAAAAAAUAAAUUAACAGUUUUUUUUAUGAUAUUGGCUAGGUUAGGAAAUUUAUGAAUUUCAACCUAGUAAAAUAGCCUGUAUUUAUUCUACAAUAUUUUAUGUGUACUUAAAGGAGCUAUACUUGGUAAAUAUAUAUUUUAAAAAAAUUCUUUUUAAGAUUUUAUGCUAAUUGUUACAAAACAAUAAUUUUUAAAAAUUUUGUAUGCAGAGAGAAGCAAGGGUUGUGUCUAUGUUGCCUGACCUUCAUUUACCUGCUCUGACCAUUGAGAAAACAGUUUCCAAAGUGGUGAGUUGAAUAUCUGGAAUUACAUUUUGGAAAGUCUCCCACAAUCAAUAUUGAUCUCUGUAUAUCAAAGGGUUUGAAAAUCUCUUUGAUUCCUAAAGCUUUCAAGGACACUCAAAGCUGGGGAAUUAUGAAUAAAAUUGUUUGUAUGGAGACUAUUUUAGUCUUUUAGUCACAUCCCCCCCCCCUUUUUUUUUUUUACUAGUUGCGGUUGAAGGGUAUGAGGCAUGGGUGGCCUGCCAGGAGUAUUCCUAGGCAACCGUUUCGUCCCAGCUACUUAGGGCAUUAUUCACAGCCAUUUGUAUUAACUUUAUUAGAGGGCGUCUGACGCCACCCCGGGGUGGGAAGGGGUGUGUAAUUUAUCUAUCACAGUGUUAAAAAGUUUGAUUGCUUACAGUGACUUAUAUGCUAUACCUAUUGCUAUACCUAUUACCGUAGAUACACUGACAGUAAGUAAAAGCAGUGAUUUAACCAACUUGGUUUCCACAUUUGAUGAAAUCCUUCCAUUUAUGAGACUAUGUAAUCAGUUCAGUUUGCUAUCAGUUAUCCUUAUGAAUUCAUAGCUGUAAAAAUAGUACUUCUUUCUUAUUGUUCAGGUAUGGCUUAUUUUUAUGAGGACAAGAGAAUUUAAGCUUUUAUACCAUCUCAUAUGUUCAAAACAAAAAAUAUGUUUGUCUGAUGAAAUUUCAGAAUGUAUAUAUACUUAAUACACAUAUUUAUAUUUUUUUCAAAUUUACUUCAAAUAAGUAUAUCUGUGUUCCAGGUCAAAGGUCAGAUGGGAGGUACACAUGCGCUUGUGUUAGAGGUGGAGAAUGGCCUUGAAUUAGGAGCGGCCAAAGUCCAUAGGUUGAGGUGUAUGCUCGGGGGCAAGGUCAUGUGGGAUCAGAUGUUGACAUCAAAGAUUAGUGCUGUGGCUGGCUCUGAGUAUGUUGAAAACUUAUUUUACUUGAUAUCAGAACUGAUGUAUCAUAUCAGAUGGAGACAUUCACUUUCUUCUGUGUCUUAACAAUAAAAUAACGAGAUAGCAAAAAUGAUACAAGUUAUUAUUUUAUCUUGAAAUGUCAUGUUUUUAUUUUAUCCAACCAUAUCAUGUGUUUAUUUUAUCCAGGCAUGUCAUGUGUGCCGCUUGUGUUGAUGGAACGGUUUCAGUAUACAGCAAAGGAGGUAGAAGGCUGAUGCCUUACCUCAUUGUUGGAGCACCUCCGGCAUAUUUCACGUGCAAGGGUCAUUAUGUUAUGAUUGUUACCACCAAGGGUCUUGUGUUUGUAUGGUAAGGAUACAUUUGAUGUAUGUAAAUAUUUAUAUGCAUGAAUCACUGAUCAGACCUGAUGAAAAUCAAUGCGGCGGCAGAUAUAGUCACUAAGUAGUUAUUCAUGUUUACAGGAAGGUACAGAAAUGCCAAUAUUCAGCUGCAUAAAUUGAUGCAAUUCCAAUUUUAACAAAUAUGUAUCACCAUUUUCCUCUUUAUUUUUGUAACAAUUUUUAUCAUUGUCAGUCCAUUAAAGUUUAUUCUGAAAGAUUUGAUAGAUGUGGGUGUUAUAAUUCCAGGAAUUGUCAUUUGUUGAAGGAGGAAGUUAGAAGAGAAUCUCUCCUUGCUGUCAUGUCAGGUAAAUAAGUCAUCUUUCUGGAACAUUUUAAACCUUAAUAAAAUUUUGUGUCAGAUUAAAAUUUGAGGAUUGUUCAUCAGCAUAUGUUCUGCACAAAUAGGAAAAAAAUAUGCACCCAUUUUCAGUUACAGUUUAAACAAAGGGUUCUUAGGACAUUUGAAGUUUCUAACAUGAAGGUAUCUGGAAAAUUAAAAGAAUUUCUUUGAUUUCCGUCACAUGAGUUGCAUGAAAUCUAAAUGUCAAAUUUUAGUAGCAUCAGUAAAAAGUGUGAAUUUUCAAGAUCAAGUGCGAUCUUUCCAUAAAUCUGGUUAUCUUUUGAGGAAUACCUCCUUUAUUUUAAAAAUUCAUUGUGAUAUUUCCUUCUUUUUUUUCCCCAACUCCUAGAGCGAGACACUGUUGAUCAGUUUCAGUUAACCACAGAUGGUGUCCCGUUAGUUACACUGGCCAACAAAAAGUCUUACUGCUUCUCCUUAAAUAUUGGUGACUGGUGAGUAAAACCAACAUUUUCUUCUAGUAGACAUAAAACGGAAAUCAAUUUUUGUUUAAACACUUGUUUAAAAAAAAUAAUUUAAUAUAUUAAAUUUUUGAAACGAGUUAUCAUUUAUGAUAAAAAUAACAAUAUGUUCGUACAUUAAAUUUUAAGGCAGACAAAAUUGUAAUGGCUGUGACUUGAGUUCCUUGUACAAGACUCACGCUAUGCGCACCCCCCACCUCUUUCCCCACCUCCCCACCACAUUCUCCUCGUGCAAUGUUUUCCAAGUAAUUGAAAUAUAAAAGAAUAUUUCAUGAAUCUAAUCUUCAAUUUAUUGAAAUUGGGUUUGAGGAUAAAUUCUGACUACAAUAAUAUAUCUCCAAUUCCAUUACCGGCCCUAACAUAAUUUACAUAAUUUAUACUUUUAACGCAGUGUUAUAAUUCAUUUUAAGAGAAAGAAAAUAACUAUUAAGUUCAGAUAAAACUGAUACUAGAUAAAAUAAAAAUAAACUACUGUUUUCUGAAUAAAGCUAUAAAUAAAGAAAUAAAUGUAAUGUUUUAAAUUCAUUUAAAUUAUGAAUUUUUAAUUUACUUUUUUCAAAAACCAACAUUUGCCAUCCACCUCAUGUAAUAAAAAAUAAAGGAAUCCUCCCCAGGGUUCUGGUCAGCAAUGCAGAAGACAAGCUUCAAAGUUUCUCCAAUCACCACCAGUGCACACCAGUCAAACACAGACCGAUUGGUCCACUGGACUCAUUGCAGAAAGCAGCAAGGUCAGUUCAGUUGGGUUUUUUCACUCAUUCUUAAUUAUGUUUUUAAACAUCUGAAACAUUUGGAGGAUUCAAGGAUCAAUCAGUAAAUUAAAUCAAUAAAAUUCUUCAUAAUGCAACUUCAUAUUGACAUUGGUCAUUAGUGAUGUUUCAAUCAGUAUGAACGAAAGAAUUAAUUUAUCAGAACAUGCCCAAACAAAAAUGAACUGAAAAAUAUGCCAUGAAGAAUCAUUAAAAUAAUCGCCACCAAAGAUUUUGACCAAGAAAUUAUAAAUAUUUAAUCCAAAAAAAUUUUUUUUUUCAAACGUAUGCCAGUUUCAAUACGGUACUUCAUUGAAAUUGGUUUAUAAUUGUAGAACAAGAAGUACUAAUCUACUCAUUAGCUUAGUCUGACCAUUUGGUUCAUUUGGCAAAAAUUUGUGCAACUUUCCAGUGUCCUUAGAAUUACAAAUGCAAUAGUUUAUGGGCUGUUGAUCAAAUAUUAAGAGAACCGAAUAUCAGACUUGCUGACUAAUCAAUAUUUAAAACAAAACAAAACAUAUCCUGACUUGAAAUUAAUUUGAGGUUUUGUUUGACCAGAUCCAGUGACCAGGCAUCCAGAUCAUUCCAGUCCAACCCAGGUAUUCAGCAAUCCAUAACUUUGAGUCAUUUGGAGUCACAGAUGGCUUCAAGCCUAGCCCUGAAGUCAUCUAGCGAGUAUCUGUUCUGGUUGGAGACCUACAUACGUUACCUGGCCCAGGAAGGUGAGUUUUCCUACUAUAUGCUCUUCAGAACUAAAUUUAUAUGCCCCCUUCUUUCAACUGUAAUUUCUAUUUUGUUAAUUUCUUAAAUCAAUGAACAUAUUGAAUACCAAAUGAUUGUUCUUAUUUAUCUUUGUACUCAAUGGAAUUUGAAUGUCUAAAGAUUUAGUCUUUUCUUUUAGACUUUUUCUAACGAGACUUUUUUUAACUAGUAUUUUAGCAUUUUUUAACCUAAUGGUUUGAUUUUAUACCCAAAUAAUUGUCUAUUUUCUGAAAAUUAUUUUGCAUGUGUAUGAAUAGAUAGCUUGUUUUUUCUUCUUCCAGGUAUUGAAGACAAGCUGAGAGAAAUUUGUGAUGAACUUUUAGGUCCACUCUACAGAUCAAAGAGUCGAAAAGCUUGGUCUCAACACAUACUGGUAUGACAGCUUGCAUACUUUUCUUGUUAAAUUUUUAAGUUAAAUUAAAUUGUGUUUCAAAUAUGUAUAUGUUUUUUUAAAAUAAUCCUAACACUUUAUAUCCACAUGAACGAUUUUAACCGUUUUAUCAAAGACACAUUGCCAAAAGGCAUCCAUAUAACAUAGCAACAAGAAAAAUUCAUGAAUAAUCUCCCUUUUGCCAGACAUGCAUGUUUACUUCAUUCAUAAAUGAAUACGAUUGCGAAUUUUGAACUAAAAUGAAUGAAGAUAGCUUGUCCGAUUUCCAUCAAAUUUUGAUUUCUUUUACACGGAUCAAUAGUAAUUUUGUCAAAAAUGGCCUCAGAUAAUGAAUUUGAUUGCAAUUUAUAUGUUCUUAUAGAUAAUUUAUUGGUUAAGUAUGCUAGCUGUAGUAAUUCAGAUUCUAGUAUUUAAUGAUUUCAAUAAUUGAAGUGAAAUCAGUAUUGUCCAAAUAUUUUUAACCCAACUGGGAGAAAAAGUCUUAUGGAUAGAUGUUUUAUUUGCUCUUUAACUCUAUGAACAAUAUUCGCUAUGUGUGUAUAAAAUGUUGAUUUUCGUAUAUUUUGUACAGUAAAAUAUAACAAUUUGUUGUUCAAUUUUGAACAUUUCUAUUUCUGUCAAAAUCCCAAUACUGGGGGGGGGGGGGGAGAAUAUUUUUAAAAAAAAGAAAAAAGAAAGUAAUUAAAAUUUGAAUUUUUUAAAAAAACUAAAACAAGCUUUUAGUAUAAGUUAAAGUUCAUCCAAAAAUAAAUUAAUAUAAUAAAAUAUAAAAAUUUUUUUUUUAAUUUUGAACAUUUCUAUUUCUGUCAAAAACCCAAAACUGGGGGGGGGGGAGAGAAUAUUUUUAAAAAAAAGAAAAAAGAAAGUAAUUAAAAUUUGAAUUCUUUAAAAAAACUGAAACAAGCUUUUAGUAUAAGUUAAAGUUCAUCCAAAAAUAACUUAAUAACACUAUGAACUUUAUGUCAUUUGUGUAUCUGUACAAGCAGUUCAAACCUCUUCUUUAAUAUUGAUACAUUACUGUUUCAGGGUCUAGAUAAGCACACCAUCUUACGUAACAACUUAACCAAUAUUGGAGCGGAUCUCAAGUUUCAACGUUUAUACACAGAAUACAAGGAGCAGUUAGACAUGAUUCAGACAACAUAAGUUCUAGUACUUUGUGUCAUUUGUCAACACUAUUUAUGAUAUUGAUGACCACUCAGAAAUGAACAUGUCAAACAACUUCAGCGCUACUGCUUGAAUAGAAGGGAAGAAUUUGAAUUAUGUGUUUUGUGGUGAAAAUUGAGUAAUGAAGUAAUAAAAGAAAUAUAUACAUACUGAAUGUGAAGGAGUGUGUUAAAUCAUGAUGAAUUUCUGCUAAGUAUCACUGUUAAACUGAGUGAAGGUGUGUGUUCAAUGAUGAAUUUCUUCUAAAGGUAUCUCUAAAUAUCACUGUCAUGAGUAAUUGCCCAAAUGUUGCAUUCAUUAGUUGUAUAAAGUGUAGGUAAUAAAAUCCAUAAUAAAAUUUGGCCUUGUCAUUAUUUUC